CCCACUUCAAUCUUAAAAAUCCUCAACAGUGGAGGAGAGUGAUGAGGGGUUAAUUAGUAGUGUUUCAUCACCGGCAAGUCUAGAGCUCAAAGCAAAAGGCACCCAACCCAACUCAACCCGCAUAGAUAGAUAAAACCAGAAAAUCAAGAAGAUCUUUUCAAGAAAUGGGUUUCACAAUGGGUCUCAAUUUUGUGCUUCUUUUGGCAAUGGUAGCCACCAACAUUCUGUCUCUCUACCACCUCUCCUCCACCAUCCAAUCCAAGGCCCCAACUCCCCCACCUGUCCCUGACCACCUCCUCCGCCAACUCCACACCAUACGAGCCACCAUCAACCACCUCACGCGCCUCCAACCCACCACCACCACCACUACUAGCAAUCCUUCAAAGCCCACCGUCCCAUCUGAUCUCCUCCUCUACACCCACAUCUCCCCCAUCGCCUCUUCCUGCCGCCACCACCCAGACCUCCUCCACCGCUUCAUGAACUACACCCCAUUCUCUCUCUGCCCUCACGACACCGACCUCGCCGAAUCCCUUAUCCUCCGCGGUUGCCACCCCCUCCCCCGCCGCCGCUGCUUCUCCCGAACCCCCCCAAAACCCCCCACCUCCUCCUCUCUCCUCCCCACCGACCCAUUUUCUAGCCCCCUCCCUGACAAUUCCAUCAUUUGGACCAAAUACAAUUGCAAAAGCUUCACUUGCCUUGCUCGCUUCAACUCCGAUCUGGGUUUCGACAUGAAAGUCGAGAAACCCAAAUUCCUAAGCUACAAAUCAGAUCUGGAUCUCCCCAUCCCGCAAUUCCAACAAAUCGCGAAAUCAGCUAAAUCGGUGAUUCGACUCGGGUUAGACAUUGGCGGUGGCACGGGCACUUUCGCUGCCCAAAUGAAGAAGCUACUAAACGCCACUGUGAUUACGACUACAAUGAAUUUGGGUGCUCCCUACAACGAGGCGGCGGGGCUGAGGGGGUUGGUGCCGCUGCAUGCCCCGCUUCAGCAGCAGCUGCCGGUGUUCGACGGUGUUUUGGAUCUGGUGAGGUGUGGCCACGCCGUCAAUCGGUGGAUACCGGUGACAGCAAUGGAAUUCUUGUUCUAUGAUUUGGAUAGGGUAUUGAGGGGUGGUGGGUACUUGUGGUUGGACAGGUUUUUCUGUAAAGGGAUUGAUCUUGACAAGAUUUAUGCGCCCUUGAUUGGGAAGUUGGGUUAUAAGAAGGUGAAAUGGGCAGUGGCCAAUAAGACCAAUUCGAGCGGGGUGAAGAAUGGGGAGGUUUACUUGACUGCUCUUUUGCAGAAGCCAGUGUCCUCCAAGUGAAGUGAUACCCUUCUUUCUCAUUGAGGUAAUUGUUGUUUUGUUUCCCUAAAUUGAAAUCUUGUGUUGUUUGUUAUGAUUAUCUUUAGGUGGAGUUUAGAACUGAAUUGUAGAAUUUAAUGGCAUUGAUUUUGACAUAUACUUGCUGCUGCCAUCCCAUGGAAAUGGGUUGGAUCUGCAAUUUCUGUGUGGGAACUUGGUAGCUAUGAUAUGCAUUGAAUUUGGUGUGCAGACUACUGUAGUUUUGUAAAUGGCAUUGUCCUAUUAGAUGAA